GGGAAGCCGUAGUGUAGCGCCAUUUUGUAAAGUCGGAGUUCCGAGGAUGUGUUGGACUCGAUUUCGGGAGCGAAUCGACCGGCUAUAGUGCGCGUUCAGUUCCAGCGAGUGCAGCAUAAUUCGAAGAUCUUUUCAGCAUGACGCAGUUCCUGCCGCCGAAUUUGUUGGCCCUGUUUGCUCCCCGCGACCCUAUUCCGUACUUGCCCCCGGCGAGUAAACUCCCUCACGAGAAGAAGAAUGGGGGCUACGUCGGCGUCGGGGCUUUCCUCAAAUAUUUCGAGGACCCCAAGGAUACACCUCCUCCUGUCCGAGUGGAAACUCGUGAGGAGCGUCUGGAGCGUCGCAGAAGAGAGCGUGCCGAGCAAGUUGCAUAUAAACUUGAACAGGAAAUUGCAGUAUGGGAUCCUGCUGGGAUUCCCAAUGUGACGGCGGAUCCAUUUAAAACGCUGUUUGUAGCUCGCAUUAACUACGAUACAUCAGAGUCGAAGCUUAGAAGGGAGUUUGAGGUGUAUGGUCCUGUAAAAAAGAUCGUAGUUAUCCACAAUACGAUCAACGGCAAGCCGAGGGGUUACGCGUUCAUCGAGUACGAGCACGAGAGGGACAUGCACUCGCGGUGGCCGUUGGCGGCAACUAGUGCCGUUCACUAUUCCAUGCAAUCCCUGAACCUGCCUGAUAUGAUAGCUGCGUAUAAGCAUGCGGAUGGUAAGAAAAUAGAUGGUCGCAGAGUGUUGGUUGAUGUGGAGCGGGCCAGGACGGUCAAGGGAUGGCUGCCCAGAAGACUAGGAGGCGGUCUCGGUGGUACCCGCCGAGGAGGACCCGACGUUAACAUUAAACACUCGGGUAGGGAGGACAACGAGAGGGAAAGGGAACGCUACCGGUUGGAGCGGGAGAGAGAAGCCUGCGGACGUGGAUCCGACAGAGAAAGGGAUCGAGAUCGGAUCGACCGGGACCGGAGGAGGUCGCGCGAUCGAAAGCGUAGAUCCCGGAGCAGGUCACGUGACCGGAAGCGCAGGCGCAGUCGCGAGCGCAUGCCCGACCCCGAGAUCGAGGAGAUCCAGCGGGAGGAGAGGCCGCGCGAGCGCAGGGACCGGGACAGGGACCGCGACAGAGAGCGCAAGCGCAGACGGUCGCGCAGCAACGACAGAGAGAGAGACCGGGAUCGCAAGCGCGACAAGCGCGACCGCGACCGCGACCGCAGGGAUCGCAAGGACCGCGGCGACCGCCAGGAAGAGGACACCAAGGAGAUUCGCAUCAAGGAGGAGCCGCUUGAUGAUUACCCGGAUUACAGCAACACGUUUACGACGUCGACUUCGUAUUUCACUCAAGUCAAGUACGAAGACGAGAACGAGGUCGAGGAGAAAUACAGAAUUCCGGAAGGACGUCCGGAACAGCCGCCGUACAGCAAUUACGACUCUGUCCAGGACUACUGAUCGUUUAGUUCAGAUCCCGACCUCGAGAGGGCUCUGCGUGGCGCGAUCACGGAACAGUUCUAUCUCCUGAUGUUAAUAGAUGGUUAAACGAGAUUCUCGCCGCGACGCAGACUAUGAGUUACGAUCUUUAUUGGCAAACUGUAGAUAAUAAGGGAAGGCGCUAGCUUUGCACCAUCUACGAUAGAGGGGGUCGAGAGAUACUGGGAAUAGGCGAAAGUGUGAAAGUGUGAAAAUGUGAAAAUCUGAAAAUACACGGCGGAGGCGCUUAAGAAAGGCAUUCUCCUUAUCCGACGAUUACUGGUAGCGGCUACUCGGACGGAAAUUUACAGUAUGUUACUUCCGUCGCUGGCAAACUAUGAUUACAGUCGUAUAUCUCAGAUUUGUACAUAAGUUCACCUUAUUUCAAUUGACUGCUGUAUGUAUAUGUUUAUACUUACGGGAAUAAAAACUGAGUAUACAUACUGUA